UUCCAUUGGUUUUUGCUCCGAUUCUUUUGUUUGGCUGAUUGUGGUUUCCGUUUUUGUCGUUUUCUAGGGAUUUUGUUUUUGUGAUUUGGGAUUUCUCUCCCUUCGAGUCGAAGGCAGUAGCGAUUCGUAUCUGUUUUUACGUUUCCUUUGGUAUAUCAUCUUAAUCGAAGUUAGGGUUUUGAAUGUACAACGGAAUCGGACUGACCACCCCUCGGGGGUCGGGCUCUAACGGCUAUGUCCAGGGCAACAAGUUGUUUGUAAAGCCGAAGACGAAUCGGCUAACCGUCACUACCCGGCCUUUCGAGGCUGGUCAAGGCACCGCCGGCCUCACCACCAAGAAGCCCGACAAAGACAUCCUCGAGCACGAUCGCAAACGUCAGAUUGAGCUCAAGCUUGUGAUUUUAGAAGACAAACUCACUGAACAAGGCUACACCGACUCUGAGAUCGCUGAUAAGCUCGUCCAGGCUAGGAAGGCUCUCGAAGCUCAAGAUGAGGAAGAAGGAGAAGUUAUACCCACCCCUACACAUCAGAAAAAGGUUUCGGAUACCCAGACUCACCAAGUUGCUGCGAGGAAGGAGAAGCAGAUGGAGACCUUGAGGGCUGCUCUCGGGAUUGGGAUUGGACUUUCUGAAUCUGCUGCUCCUUGCCUUUCUGGAUAGAUAUUCCCUGUAAAACUGAUAAUAUUAUGUAUAGAGUACAGGUCUGAGGGAAGAAAAUUAGGAUUCCAUAUAUAAUUCUUUUUACAAAUAUAUAAAGUGUAAGUUUUGAUCCUUGUCUGAUAAACAAAAUUUAUCACAAUCAUACAAGAAUUCAGAGGAGGUUGAUUUUGGGAAUAAUUAACUCUCAGAUGCCUAACAACGUCUUA